AUGGUGGUUUUAGCAGCAGCAAUUUGUACAAAAAAUGGUAAAGCAUUAUUAUCAAGACAAUUUUCAGAAAUGACAAAGAGUAGAGUCGAAGGUUUAUUAGCAGCAUUUCCAAAAUUAAUUGGAUUAGGUAGACAACACACUUUUAUCGAAACUGAAAAUAUCAGAUACGUUUAUCAACCAUUAGAAUCAUUAUAUAUAGUUUUAAUUACAAAUAAAAAUUCAAAUAUUUUGGAAGAUCUCGAAACAUUACAUUUAUUAGCAAAAUUGGUGCCAGAAUAUUCAAAUUUUGAUGAAUAUGAUAUUUCAAAGAAUGCAUUCGAAUUAAUAUUUACAUUUGACGAAGUCAUUGCAAUGGGUUAUAAAGAAAGAGUAACACUUCAACAAAUUAAACAUUUCAUUUCUAUGGAAAGUCAUGAAGAAGAAAGAUUUAGAAUGGAAGAAAAGAUUAAACAAAAAGAAGCACAAAUUUUAGCAUCAUCAAAAGCAAAGGAAAUUGAAAGAAUGAGACAUGAAGAAAUGUUAAGAGGUAAAAGAAGUGGUGGUUAUACUGGUAUUAGUGGUGGCGGUGGUAUGGGUAGUGGUGGUAUGGGUAGUAACCAAUAUAGAGAUAAUGAUAGAGAUAACUAUCAUAGCAAUAACAACAAUAAUAACAACAAUAACAAUAAUAAUAACAACAACAAUAACAACAAUAGAGACAGAGAUAGAGGCGACUCACCAAAUACAUCAAGACCAUCUGCUGCUUCAUCAGGUUCACAAGGGGGUAUGAUAUUGGGUGGAAAAUCAGGAACAAAUAAAAAUAGUGCAAUCGCUCAAGUUUUAAAAGAAGAAAAGAUCGUUGAAAAAGUUGAAGAUGUUGAACAACUUUUAGAUUCACAAAUUUCACAAAUUCCUGAAACUCCAACUGUACCACAAGAGGGUGUUCAUAUUACAGUUGAAGAAUCAUUCACUAGUUUUGUUGAAAGUGAUGGUACUGUUGAAAGUAUUGAUAUUAAAGGUGGUUUAUCAGUUCAAAUUAAUGAUCAAUCACUUGGUAAAGUUAAAGUUAACCUUAAACAAGGUAAACUUUCAAAACAAUUCCAAUUUAUUACUCAUCCAAAUAUAGAUAAAGCAUUAUUUGGUGAACAAUCAGUAUUAAGAUUAAGAGAUGGUGGUAAAGGAUUCCCAAGUGGUGGUAUAUUAAAAUGGAGAUGUAAAACCAAUCAAGAAUCAAUGAUGCCAAUUAGAGUUAACUGUUGGCCAUCACCAGGUAGAGAUAGUACCACAGUUAAUUUAGAGUAUGAUAGUUUGGUUGGAUAUGAAUUGAAGAGUGUAUUCAUUGUAAUUCCAAAUCCAACAUCGAAUGCACCAAUCAUCAAUCAAUUCGAUGGUCUUUACGAGUAUGAUAAUAAACAAAAAUGUGUAAUUUGGAAGAUACCUCUUAUCGAUGAUUCAAAUAGACAAGGUUCAAUGGAAUUCAGUGUUAAAGGUAACACUCAAUCUUUCUUCCCUGUCAAAAUUCAAUUCACUGCUUCUCAAACAAUUUGUGAUACCACCGUUGGUUCCGUAUUUGUUGAAGACUCUAAUCAAUCAACUAACUUUUCAACUGAAACAACUUUAUCAGUUGAUACUUAUGAAAUUAAAUAA